AUGAAGUUCACACAAGCACUCCUUACUGCGGCCCUCUUGGCUUCAGCAUCCGCCAUCCCAACGGCAAGCAAAACCGUCAAGCCACGAGCCCAAAAUUGUGAUCAAUGGGGCAGCGCAGCCACUGGUGGAUACAAAGUCUACAACAAUGUAUGGAAUAAGCGUGCCGCGAGCUCGGGUAGCCAGUGCUUUUCCAUCUCUGGCCUGGCGAAUGGAGUGCUGUCCUGGUCUACAACGUGGUCCUGGACUGGUGGCAAAGGCCAGACGAAAUCUUACGCCAACGCAGCCCUCACUUCCCUGAAGCCUAAGCAAAUCUCUGCAAUCUCUUCGAUUCCUUCGACAUGGUCUUGGACCAACACAGCUUCAGGGACUGUGGUCGCUGACGUUGCGUAUGAUCUCUUCACUUCGUCUUCUGCAUCCGGCGACAAGGAAUUCGAGAUCAUGGUUUGGCUUGCUGCGUUCGGAGGUGCUGGACCGAUAAGUUCGACUUGGGGCGCCGAUGGCUCAGAAACCUCAAUCGGAAGCACGACAAUCGGUGGCAUCAAUUUCAAACUGUACAAGGGACCAAAUGGAAAGAUGACCGUUUACUCGUUCGUAGCUUCGCGCACGGUGAACAAUUUCAACGGCGACCUGAAGCAAUUCUUCAAUUAUCUUGUGUCGAACCAGAAGUUCAAUAAGAAUCAGUAUUUGGUUAGUGUCGGUGCUGGUACGGAAGCUUUUGAAGGACAAGGUGUUACUUUCACUACGACCAAGUUCAGUGUUAGCGUUUCGUAG